AUGAUACCGCCUUUUCAGACCACAUUCGCGGUGCCGCUCAGCUGUGAAGACUGUAUCAAGGAUGUCUCGACAUCGCUCUAUACAAUAGCCGGCAUCAACAAGGUUGACGCGGACCUCAAGAAGCAACUGAUUUCUGUCGAGGGCACAGCUGCACCCUCUGCGAUCGUAGCAGCUAUCCAAGCCACUGGACGCGAUGCGAUUCUUCGAGGAAGCGGUCGCUCAGAGAGCGCUGCGGUCUGCAUUCUGGAAACGCAUUCCACCUCCGUCAAAGACCAUGUCCGCGGUCUUAUCCGCAUGGUGCAGGUUUCCCCCAGCAUGACAAUUAUCGACCUCAGCAUCCGAGGACUAGCGCCGGGGACAUACUACGCUACUGUGCGCGAACGCGGAGACAUCUCAGAGGGCCCAGAGUCAACAGGCGGCAUCUGGGAAGCAGCAAAGGCGAAGAAGGAAGGGACUCCUGCGAGAGGCAUUUUCGGCACAGUAGAGGUUGGGAAGAGCGGUAUUGGGACCGUCUUCUUGGAUAAGCCAAUACAGAUUUGGGAGAUGAUCGGGAGGAGUAUAAUUGUUGCGCGGCAGCAGGAUGGCAAGUUCGAUAAGAAUGAUCCGGAUACGCUGGUUGGAGUGAUCGCGCGGAGUGCUGGGGUGUGGGAUAAUGACAAGACCGUGUGCUCCUGCUCUGGCAAGACGGUCUGGGAAGAGCGGAAGGAGCAUGUGGACAGGGGAAUGCUGUGA